UACCAGGCAAAUGGCUGUAUGUAAGAUGUUCUACGACCUGACAGCAAAGCUCCUUACAGGAGAAUUGUUUAAUUUCUCGUCUCUUCAGGGUAAAGUGGUGCUGAUCGAGAAUGUGGCGUCUCUCUGAGGCACGACCACCAGGGAUUACACCCAGAUGAACGAGCUCCAUGAACGGUACGCCGACAAGGGGCUAGUGAUUCUGGGGGUGCCCUGCAAUCAGUUCGGACAUCAGGAGAACUGCAAGAACGAAGAGAUCCUGAUGUCCUUAAAGUAUGUCCGUCCGGGAAAUGGCUUUGAGCCUAAGUUCCAGCUCCUUGAGAAAGUGGAUGUGAAUGGGAAGGACGCCCACCCACUGUUUGUGUACCUCAAGGAUAAGCUGCCAUUCCCAAGCGACGAGCCCAUGGCCUUAAUGAAUGACCCCAAGUGCAUCAUCUGGAGUCCAGUCUGCAGGACUGACAUCGCCUGGAACUUUGAGAAGUUCCUCAUUGGGCCAGCUGGAGAGCCAUUCAAGCGUUAUGGCAGGAGAUUCCUUACCAGCAACAUUGAGGGUGACAUCAAGGAGCUUCUCAAUACGGCUAACUAAACCGUCCAUGUUGGUCACACAGAAGCAAUGGUGGGGAGUGGAAAUCAUGUCAAUGACUUGUAAUGGCUUUUCAAAUUAUUAAGUAUUGUCACACUUUGGGACAUGUGCUUGGCCAUAACUUAAAAAAUAAACAACUUUCAACAGCUCCCCAUUCAACAAAUACUUCCUCCAUACAAGAUUAGCUUCUGUGUGACAGCAGCACACCCAUUACCUUUUCACAUCAUGUGCCGUGCUCUCAUAUGCAAAAAGCUGCUGUGUUCUGAACUUUUAUUAAAUGAAGGCAUCCAUUGAAACCAAGCCUUUUGUGAGAGGGAUGUCUGAUGAAAUGUAAAAGACUUAACAUAACAGUUGCCUUUGGCCCAUGUAAAGCACGACUGUGUUUCAAGAAGUGUAAGAAGUUGGCCAAAUAAAUUAUUUUCCCCUU